AUGCACCUGAUGAGGACCCGCCUGGCGGGGGACACUGCCGUGCCAAACAAGGUCAAGUAUGCCGACGUGCGCCCUCGUCCCAAGCCCAAGUCCAAGGAGCGGAGCAAGCCGCAGCCACUGCCUGGUGGGUUUGCGACCGUCAGCACAUUGAGUGACACCCAGACGGCAUCUGUGGUUGGCGUCUUUGUCGCCCUGGGCGCGUGGAGCCUGCUCCAGGGCCUCACUGAACCCAACGCCCUGGCUGCUGCCAACUCCAUUCCUGGGCUGCAGCUGGCCCUUGGCACCGGCUCUGCCAUAUACAUUCUGCGAGACAGGAAGAAAGUGGGCCUGGGCAGGGCAGUGGCCAUCACGGGGGCCGGACUCUUGCUGGGGACGCUGGUGGGAGGAGCGGUGCAGUCCUGGCUGCACGUAGAGAUGCUCCCACUCUGGGUAGGCUGGAAGGGAGGCAGAGUGGAGUGGCGUGUGGGAUUGGUGGCUGGGCCGGAGGAGACCGGCUUCGGCGCCUACCUCCGUGACCUGAGCGUGGGGGUGCCCACCCAUGGGGUCCCCGCCCCACAAACCUUUGAAGAGACCAGCUUCGAGGCGUACCUGCGAGCUGCCGCCUUCAAGUCUCAGGACCAUGCUGAGGCCGGCAGCGCAUCUGGCGAGGCAGAGAGCGCACCGCCCACCGCCCGGCCCGUCACCAUCGUGUUUGGCACGGAGUACGGCUUUUCCAAGGAGAUCGCAGAGCGGCUGGCUGACAGGCUUCGGGAAGCGGGCGAGGGGUACUGGCCGGUGGUGCUGGACAUGGCAGACCACGCCGAGGGCGUGCCCCCGCUGACCAAGCAGCAGGCACUGGCGGUGGUCUGCUCAACGCAGGGAGACGGCGUGCCGCCGGCAGAGGCGCGCGGCUUCUGCGCAUGGCUGGCGUCCCUGGAGGCCGCCGAAUUCAAAGGGGUUCCCUUCUCCGUCUGCGCCCUGGGCGACACCACCUACACCCACUUCUGUCGCUGCGGGCGGUCCAUCGACGCUUGGCUGGAGUCGGCAGGGGGAACGCGCUUCGCCCCCCGCGCCGAGAUCAAUAGGGAGGACUAUGCGGCGGUGGAUGCCUGGAUCGAUGCCGUGAUUUCCUCGCUGGGCACUCUCGACCUGCGGACGGUGGAGGAGCUGGAAGGAAGCGACGCCCUGGCCUUCCUCAGCCCCGAGCUGGGGAGUGGGCAGACCAAGAGGAAAGGGUGGAGCAGGAACAGGCCGUACCUGGCCACGGUCUCGGCUGUGGAGGGUCUGUGCGCGCUCCGGGGCCCGGAUGACAAGAACACAGUCCGUGUCGAGAUCAGCCUGGGGGAGUCGGGCCUGCAGUACCUGCCCGGAGACGCCUUGGGCGUGUGGCCCUCCAACGACCCGCAGGCGCUGGAGGAUCUGGUCUUGGCGCUGGGUGCAAAGGGGGACCUGCUCGUCCAGGUGCCCAAGUGGCACUACACCGACCCCCGGCUCCCAGAAGGUGCCACAUCCAUGACGCUGCGGGAUGCCCUCACCCGCUGCUAUGACCUCAGGCAGCCGAGGACGGAGCUGUUUGCGCUGCUGAGGGAUUCGCUGCAGGGCAAACCGGGCUGCGGCACCGACGGCAGCAGCUGCGGAGGGGAUGCAGCUGACGGCUCGGCUGCCUGCGUAGUAGGGUGCCUGGCCGACAAGCUCGACCUGCUGGCCGGUUUCCUGGGCGACGCUGAGCGGGCAGAGGCCUACCUGGCCCCCCGCCAUGUCAUCGACGUGCUCGCCGACUUCCGCCCGGCCCGCCCCCGGCCGGCCGACGUGUUGGGCACGCUGCGCCAGCUGGCGCCCCGCCUCUACUCCAUCUCCUCCUCCCAGCUGGAGGGCGCGGCGGGGGUGCAGGCCACCGUGGCCGUGGUGCGGUACGAGUCGCUGGGCGCAGAGCGCCUGGGUGUGGCCUCCACGGAUUUGGCGGAGCGGCUGGGCCCGGGCGCGGCCCUGCCCAUCUACAUCCACACCAACCCCGACUUCAGGUUGCCCUCUGACCCAUCCAAGCCCAUCGUGAUGGUGGGGCCCGGCACAGGGCUCGCGCCCUUCCGCUCUUUCCUCAUGGAGCGACGGUUGUUGGCCAAGCCCUCUGUUGGCGCCCUGGGCGAGGCGCUGCUCUUCUUCGGGUGCCGGAGGCGGGACCAGGACUAUCUGUAUGGUUCCCAGCUGGAGGCCUGGGCUCAGGAGGGCAGCAUCCAGCUCUUCACUGCCUUCUCCCGUGAAGAUCCGGAAAAAAAGGUGUACGUCCAGCAGCGGCUGGUGGAGGCGGGGGCCAUGGUGUGGGCCGCGCUGCAAGCCGGCGGCCACUUCUACGUGUGCGGGGACGCGGCCGCCAUGGCCGGGCAGGUGGAGGAGGCGCUGCUCGGCGUCAUCGCCCAGCACUCUGCCAGGACCCCGCAGGAGGCCAGGCAGGUGCUGGACGGCAUGACGCGGGAGGGGCGGUACCAGCGCGACGUCUGGUUCUGA